AUGCGGCUGCUCACUACCCUCGCCUCCCUCUGCAUCCUCCCAGCACUCGCAAGCAGGCCUGUCGGCGGUGGCCAUGGAUCCACGACCCCGCUCUCCCUCCAAAUGGCCGAGUCCAUCAUGUCCCGCCAGCAAGGCGUGUACAGCAGCGCGGGCGACCCCUCGGGCGCUCUGCAAGCCGGCUUCGUCCAAAAGACCUUCUCCCGCAUCGCCGCGCAAUACCCACAGCACGCGUCCACGCCUGGAAUCGCAUCCUACGUGGCGCGGUCGGCAGACUCGCUACUCGGCAUCUUCAACAGCUCGAGCUCUGCGCUGAGGUUCCCCAUGGACAGGCUGUCGAGCGGGAACGCGAUGAUUCGGCUGUACGAGACGACAGGCGAGAGCAAGUACAAGGCUGCCGCGGACGUGCUCGACAGCAGCAUUGCCGAGAACAGAAGAAACGCCGAGGCAGGGCUCUGGUACUACGUGUACCCGAACUGGAGCUACCUCGACGGCCUGUUCUCCUUCGGACCCUUCUGGGCGCUCUACACACUCACCUACAGCCCGCGGUCCAGCAGCGCGUGGAGCGAGCUGCGGAGACAGUUUGCGUUGGUGGCGGCGCACUGCAGCACCGAUGGCGAAGACGGCUUGCUGGUGCACGGGUACGACGACAGCCGGACGGCGGUGUGGGCGAACAACACACUCGGGCAGAGCCCGCAUGUGUGGGGGCGGAGUCUGGGGUGGUAUGUCAUGGCGCUGGUGGACACGGUCGAGGUGCUGGAUGCAGACUCGCAGGCGUCCACCGAGGCGGUGCGCGACGUCCGAAGUUGGUUGGUGGACGAGCUGCGACACCGCAUGCGCGCCGUUGCGCAAGCCGUCGACCCCGCGUCGGCGGGCUGGUGGCAGGUUCUGGAUCAGCCGGGCCGGGAGGGGAAUUACAUCGAGAGCAGCGGGAGCUCCAUGUUUGUGUACGCGCUCCUCAAGGGCGUGCGGUUGGGGUACCUGGAGCCUCGGUCGCCGGGGCUGAACGCGAGCUACGUCGAUGUGGGACGGCGUGCGUACGCCUACCUCGAGAAGAGAUUUGUGGUGGACAACGGGAACGGGACGCUGGGGUGGAAUGGCACCGUGAGUGUGUGCAGCUUGAACAGCACGGCGAGCUAUGCGUACUAUGUCGGGAGGCCGUUGCUGUACAACAGCGUGCUGGGGAGUGCGGCGUUUGUGGCGGCGAGCUUGGAGGUGGAGCGGUUGCAUGGCCGCUGA